GUGAAGGCAACGCGAGAGCCGCGCAGUGCAGUGACGCAGCAGUCACGUGAUGACGUGCACAGAAACAAACAUGGCGCCGCGAAAUUCAUCACAACUCUGCUAGGUUGGUUCGUGGUUGUGGGUCCACGCUCGAGCUGCCGGGCAGAUGAGAGGAAGAGGAGGACACGUCAUCUUCAUCAUCAGCAGUCACUCGGGAGCCGAGCAGAAUGUCUCUGAGGAAACAAGCGGUCCAGGACGCCAGUUUCGUUCCGUCUGAAACUGAAAGCAUCGACGAAAACACGCAGGAGCUCGAGGUCGUCGUCGACGAUGACGAUGACGAUGACGGAGACGCGAAGGACGAACUCUCGUCAGCACUUCUAUCGCCGUCGACGGCGACUCGACACAAACGCAGGAGAGAGCGGGAAAACAAACCCAAAUCCAAAGAGAUGACUGAGGAGGAGAUGAUGGACCUCGCUCUACGUAUGAGCGAACAGGAAGCCAGCGACGACGCCUUCAGGCUGCAGCAGGAAGAGGCGGCCGUGAUGAAAGCCAUCGAAGAGAGCAUGGUCGCCCAGAGUCAGAGUCUGCUUGCUGACGGCGACAGCGAACCACAGCUCAGGCUCUGCUCUCGACCCAAACUCUCGAGGGGGAAGAGGACGUCGGCCCUCGAGCGGAUGUCACCUGACACGGACCAGACCCGAGAAACAAAAGGAGCUGGAGAUGAAAAUAAUAAUAAUAACCGGAAUAAGAAGCGGAAGAGGAAAGAAGCAGGAAGUCCUGAGGUUUCUCUCUGCAGCUCCGAGCCUCAGGACUCACCUCAGAGCUCUGACUCGACGCAGAUCGACGACUGUCCUCUCCGUACGUCGCCCGUCUUCCCGUCAUCGGCCUGCAGAGCAGCGGUCCACAUCCCGCGGCUGGGCCGGGACCUGCUGGACGACUGCAGAACAUCGGGCUUCGUGUUGUGCUCUCAGGACACAUUUACAUCCACUCUGCCCGCUCAGCCUGAGAGCCCAACGUUUCCCAGAAGCCCCGGUGUCCUCGCUUCGUGCACCAAGAGUCCCGUCUUCUCGGAGACGGAGCAGGGAGACAGCGGGGCGAUGCAUCUGAGUCCCGAGUAUCUGAAAAGUCCCGUGUUCGGCAGGAAUACUCAGCGUGAGGAGUCUCAACACGACCCGCUCAUCAGCGUCUGUACUUCCAACAGCGAACACUCAGGGAUCGUGUUCUCGUCUCAGGAUAGUUCCUCCUCCUCAGUGAGGACCGCGUCCUGUCGGCCUCACAGCCCCGUGUUCCCCAGAAGCCCCGGCCUUCCUGUGAAACCCCGUUCCCCUGAGAGAUCAUCGAUCUGCCCGGUGCCGGACCGAGGACAGAAGGAGACGUCUGAGGCUCCUUCGGCUUCAGAGGUCAAAGGUCCAAACGGGGACGUGACGCUGUCGAUCAUCUGCGGUCCGUCUCAGAGGACGAGGCAGGCGAGGAGGUUUCGAGUAAAAAGCGUCGACGCUCCUGAUGACCGGUCGAACGCCGUCGCCGCAUCCCCUCACUCAGACGAUUCGCUGCAGCUGAUCGAAUCGCCCGAGGAGCCAAACGCAGCGGCGACGGAGCCGAGCGUCGACAUGACGCUGCUCUGGUCCGACGAGGACGAGGAUGAUGUCACGCCGGCGGGUUCUCCCAGCCCGGUCUUCCCAGAAGAGAGACCCGUUGGCGGGGCCGCCGAAGUUCCCGCCGGUGCCGCCGCCAUGAACCACGUGACCGCAGCUUCUCCCGGGACAGACAAGUCGGAGAGCAGCUCCGCCUGCCGACAGCAGCGUCCCACCACGGAGCUGCAGCCAACUAGCAGCAGCAGCCAGGGGGCGUCGCCUACCCCGACGGUUCACUACUACUGGGGGGUUCCCUUCUGUCCGCGAGGCCUUGACCCAGACUCCUACACUCAGGUUAUCCUGGCUCAGAUGAACGUGUACGACCAGAGUCUGAAACUCGCUCAGAGGCGUCUGCUGAGAAAAGCUCCGUGGGGCGACGCCAUCCUGCCGCGAGUCGAGAAAUCCCCAUCACCUGAUUCGCCGGCUGAGUCGCCUCAUCGUCCCGCCCCUCGCAGACGAGGCCUCAGACUGAGAGACAGGAACCAGUGUGAGACUCGUCCAGAGGAGGAAGAGGAGCAGCAGGAUGGAGAGGAAGAGGAGGGAGAGAAAGAGAAGAGCGAGGGAGUAAGAGGAGGAGGAGGAGGUGGUGAAGAACCACAGACGGAUACUGACGAGUGUGAAGUUUGUCCAGAAACUCAACUGAGUAACCAUGACGACGACGACGACAGCACUCAAGACCUGACAACGGACGCCGACGCUGGAGCGGUGCUCCGACCUGAGAGUCCAGAUCUUCCUGAGGUGGAGACGAUUCCUCCGGACGUGGCCCAGCCGCCGUCACAGGAGGACGGGGACGAGAUGGAGGUGGACGCAGUCUGCGGAACGUCGGAGGGGAAACCUCAGGAGGCGACGGAGGAGGAGCGGCCGGAUCCAGUGGAGGAGGUGAAAAGGGGCCGAAUGUCGACGUCUCCGGAGGCAGAAAAACAAACGGCUGCCAUCGUCCCUCCGAUUCCUGAGGCCGUCGUGGUCGACUGUCCCAUCUGCCAGGGCUCGUUCCCGGCGGCGAGGAUCGAGUGGCAUGCGGCGUACUGCGACGGGGAGGUGGCCGUCGUGGGUGAGAGGCAUCCGGCAGUGUCGUUGAAGCCUUGCAGGAAGAGACCGCGUCAAGCCCAGGAGAUGAGCGACUCGUCCGACAGGAACCCAGAGAAGUGUUACAUCUGUCAGAAGAACGUUCCUCUGAGGGAUUACAGCCGACACACGGAGCUCUGCCUCCGACAGCGGCGGCCGGACACGUCUGACUCAAGAGGAAAUCUGCUCUCGGCUCUGGAGCAAACUGAAAACAGAAGUUCAGAAGCCGGACCGUCGGGGUCCAGACUCCAGCCGAGAGAGGUCAUCGACCUGCGGGAUGAUGAUGAUGAAGACGAGGAGGGGGCGGGGGGCAGCACUCCAGCCGUCAGGAUCAGCAACUCUCCCAUCAGAUCCUUCACUCCCAUCUCAGAAGCCGCCGGCUGCCUCAUUGACUUCAGGAGACAACCGCGAGUCAAGAAGAUGAGUCGAAGACGGAGAUGAAGAGGAUCGUGAGGAAUCUGUGUCACUGACUGAAAACCUACAGAUUCAUGAUGCCGGACGACUGAACGUUUUCCUCCCAACAUCAAACGUUGGAUAUUUAUGCAGGUGAAAUCUUGAAUGUGUAAAAUCUUUAAAUCUGUUUUCACCCGAUCUCGACUCUUUUCUGUUCCACUACUCGGCUCCGACGUCCAGCGGAGCGACCCGGUUCACAACAACAUCACAACAACAUCACGAUAACGCCCCGCGACCAAAAAGACUCAUUUAUAUAGACAGAAAGAAAGCCUCCGUUUUGAAACACUAAGAAAAACAGUUCUCGUGGUUUUGUUUUUUCUUUUCAUGUGAAACAGGAAUAAAAAGUGACUGUCCUCGAAAAACUCAGAAUUUCCCCUUUUAAAGGUCAGAAACGUUCCAGAGCAGCAGAAAGUGAAAGUGAACCUGAACGCAUCACAGACACGAACAAGUGGAUCAGAAAUGUUCCUGUUCUGAUCUGGAACCAGAUUCAAAAAUCAUCUUCAGACAGAAAUACAGAAGCAACAUGUCGGAAAACAUUUAGACAUUUUUUUCUCCCCAUCUUCUGUCUUUGGAAACUGUUUCUGCACUUUAGAUGAAGUUUGACUGAACCACGACGACGUCCGGACGACGCUGCUCCGUCGCCUUUUUCAGGGCAAAAUAUGUAUAAUAUUUUUCACAGCUGAAAAAUGAAACUUUAAUACUUGUUGAGAAUCUUUUCUCCUCAAACGAUCCAGCGUCGCUUCAGUUCAACCGUCGAACUGAGGUUUGAGUUUCCUGUUUGUUUUGUAAGAAUCUGUCACAAUGUGAGAGUUUCACAAACCGGGUCGAAGAGUCGGGGAAGAAAACUGUGACAGAAUAAUACAAUUAAUAUGGAUCAUAACAUGAAAUAUGAAGAUUUACUGUAUAUUUUCCUCGAACCUGCACUUUGUCAGCAGAUGAAGUUUAUAGCCUGAUCAUCAGCUGAUAAGGAUCAUGUGAUCUGAUCAAAAGUCCAGAAUAUUUUCUCACCUGUGUUUAGAUUUUAUUUCUGUCUUGGUUUUUUUAUGAGAAUAAAUAAUGUCAAUGUUUUCUUUUAAUUUAUGACAGUAAAAAAAAUGUGUUAUUACAAAAAAACUUGACUUUAGUUUCUUUAAUAGAAACAAAAACAACAAGUGUCAAAAAACAAAAAAGACAAAAUUAAUUUUGUUAAAACUAAAAUGACUUUAUGGAUUUUGUUUUUAAACGGAUGAUCCCCAGAAUAAACUAAGAAUUUGAGGGA